AUGCUUCAGCUUUGGAAACUUGUUCUCUUGUGCGGCCUGCUCACUGGGACCUCGGCAUCUCUUCUUGGAGACCUUAGCAACGACCUGAAUAAUGUUGUGGACAAGCUGAAACCUGCUGUUGAAAAAGGACUUGAGACCAUUGACAAUACAGUUGAAUCUAUCCUUCAGAAACUGAAGGCUGACGUGGCGGUGCUUCAGGAUUCCAAGGUUUGGCAGCUGGCCAAGCAGAAGCUGCAGGAAGCUGAGAAGUUGGUGAACGAUGCUCUUUCGAAGGUCCUCUCACUUAAGAACGGGACUUUGAGCUUGAACAUCCUUAACUCCCGCAUCCUGAAUAUCAGAAUUGAACUGACUCCUGAUGGCGAAGGCAUUAACAUAAGGGUCCCCGUCACCGCUAAUGUCACCCUGGCUCUGCCUCUCAUUGGCAAGAAGGUCAACCUGAAGGUUUCUUUGGACCUCCUGACUAGCCUCAGACUUGAAACCGAUGCCCAGACUGGCAUCCCCAAAGUGGUCGUGGGAGAAUGCCUCAGUGACUCAGACAGCAUCUCCAUCACCUUGCUGGACGGCCACAGUGAACUGAUCAACAAGGUCCUGAACUCCAUGACCAGCAUCCUGGAAAAGACUGUGUCCCACCUGAUAGAGAAGGAUGUGUGCCCAUUGAUCCACCUCUUGGUCUCCACCGUGGAUGAACAUAUUUUACAUGACAUCAUUGAUAAACUUCCAAAGGACAGCAAACCGCAAGCUGCUGCCUGAAGAGGGGCAUGAGAAGGGUUGCUGUGAUGCCCAACCAAAGCUCAGUUCCCAGUGGCUUGACUGUGCCCCACAUAGCAUCUCCAUCUGGUAAGGUACAGCCACCAUCCAACCAGAGUGACAGCCUAAGUUCAGCCGGAAGGAGCCCUAACAGAUCCUUCUCCUCAUGGUUGGGACAGCAGCCUCUGUGCUCACCGCCCUCCACCCCCUGCAAUAAAAAAACAAUUUCUGCA